CGAGAGGGAGAGCGCGAGCUGUCUACGGUAAUGUGCCAUACGCCCUCUCCGCCCCUGCUGCUCGAGAGACAGGUGGUCGGGACACAUGCCUUCAUCCUCGAGCGCUCCCCGGUUAAAAUAAGAAAACAAAUCGGUUGACAGACAGCGGUGGGACUGCUGGCGUGAGGCAAGCGCGUCCCCGAUGGAAUUGGAGCCGGUGACCUCCGCGCAGCGAGCACUGGGCAGAGGAGAGAGAGGGGAAAGCAAGUUGGCGAGAGAACCUCACCGAUUUACGUUUCUCAUCAUGACUAUUGCGCUGGCUGCUUUUCCGCCGCAGCGGAGGGGAUUGUUAUUCACUUACAGAAGGAAGAAACACACACACCUCUGAGGCAAACCGGAGAGAGAGAGCAUUACCGGGAAUUUCCUUUUGUUCCAUUAUUCAUUUGGAUCCUAAUAGCUGGUGGAAGUUGUCUCGUGGGGAUUAUGAUGGCUUCGGGUGCUGGUAAAGCCCCGCAGCCCCCAGGGCCAGGCUCCGGUAGCCUUAACGGGACUGCAGCAGACUUACCGAACAUAGAGCAGGAGCUGUAUGACUAUCAGAUGCAUGGCAAGAUGUGCAAGAAGAUAGCUCAGCUAACCAAGGUGAUCUAUUCUCUGAACACUAAGAACGAAGAGCAGGAGGCGGCCCUUCAGGCCGUCAGCCACGCCCACCAGGAAGAGCUGAGGCGGGUUACCACGGGGACGUGUACCGAGGGGGAGGAGUCGGUAGUGCUUAGGACACGCCUCUCGGAGCUGCAGGAAACUCUAGCUCAGGUUCAGGUAGACUUUGAGAGCUACCGUGUCCAGGCAGAGGAGAGGGAUCGUGGGGUAGAGGCAGAGCUAAGGAGGGACUAUGAGGAAAAGCUCCAGGUUCUGGGGUUGGAGAGACAGGAGACCCAGGCCCAACUCAACACGGCCCACGACGAGAGUCUCCGACUGGGGAGAGAGCUGGAGACGGCUGGGGAGGCUGCGCAGUGCCUGGAGGUUCAAUGUGAUGAACUACGGAGGAAAGGAGAAGAGCGAGGGAAAGGGAAGGAGAAGGAGAUGGAGAGAAUGCGACUCCUCUCGGAGGAGGUGAAGACUCUGAGGAAAGGGAAGGAGCGAGCAGAGGAAGAGAGGGAGAGAGAGGUGACAGAGGAGAAGGAGGAGUUGAAGAGGAGCAUGGAGGAGGCACGCAGGGAGGAGAGACGGCAGUGGGAGGAGAGAGAGGAGGAGGAGAAGAGAGGGAUGAGUACAGUACUGAGAGAGAGAGUGAGGAAGGCGGAGGGAGAGAUGGAGGGCAGUCUGCAGCGACUCAACGAGAGCAAGAGACACGCUGCCAAACUACAGGACAGAAUACAGGACCUGGAGGAGGAGUUGGAGUCGGGGAGGAGGCGUGUCUCGGGGGCAGAGGGUGGGGCUAAGAGGGCAUGGGAGGAGUUAGUCGUGGCCAAAGAGAGACUACUGCUGCAGGAGGAGGAGCUGCAGAGCAAAUCAGAGGAGCUGCUGAGUCGUGGUGUGUGUGAGGGGUGUGUGUGUGUGAACGUGGAGGAGUUGAAAGGUCAGGUGAACAAACUGCAGAGCAGGAACAGAGAGCUGGAGUUGCAGAGCAGUGGGAGAAACAACGACUACGCCAGACAGCAUGCGGAGGCCCUGGCUAGUCUGCGUUCUGAGAUGGUGAGGGCUCAAGAAGAAGAGAGAGAACGCCUGCAGAAAGAAAGAGAAGAAGAGAGAGAACGCCUGCAGAAAGAGAUAGAAGAGGUGAAAGGAAGAGUGACAACACAGAUGGAAGGAAACACGGAGCUCGUGGAGGAGCAGAGAGAGAGUCUGAACCAGGAGAAGAAGAGAUUGAAGGAGCAGGCGGACGAGGAAAGGAGGAGAUUGAAGGAGCAAGUGAAGAAGGCGAUAGAAGAGGUGAUGAGGAAACAUGCAGCUGAGCUCCACAACGCCCAGGAAGCACUGAGGACAAACCAAGAGGUGUGUGUACGUGUGCAGGAGGACAGGAGGAGUGGUGAAGAGGUGUGUCGAAGGCUGGAGACUGAGAGGGAGGAGCUUAGAGACCAGCUGCAGCAAGCAACCAAUCAGAUCUGGCGUUUGGAAGGAGUCAUUCAGCAGCAAAGUCAGGGGGGUGUGGCCUCUGAAACUCCUCCCACCUGCGGAAUCCACUGUUCCCACCUCCGAGAGGAUCUACAGCACAUACAGGAAGAGAUGGAUCGACAGAGAGAGAGUUACCAGAGGGAGAUGACAGGUCUGAGAACAGACAAACAGAGACUGGAGGAGAAGGUUCUAGAGCUCAACCAACAGACCCAAGAGAACACAGACAGAAACGUUCUAGAACACAACCAAGAGAACACAGACAGAAACGUUCUAGAACACAACCAAGAGAACACUGACAGAAACGUUCCAGAACACAACCAAGAGAACACUGAAAGAAACGUUCCAGAACACAACCAAGAGAACACUGACGAGAGAAUCCGGUCAGAGUGUGAGGAGCGCCUGAGGGCGGAGCUUAAGGCGGAGCUUGAUGCGGCUGUUGCCACGAGCAACCAGAGAGAGCAGGAGCUGCAGACUCAACUAGCCGAUCUCCAAUCACAGGUGGAGAGGAAGGCGGGGCCAAUAGAGGGUGACCAUGACGACAGCGAGAUUGACAGGCUGCGGAGGGAGGUGCAGGAGACCAGAGACAUGAACCAGAGACUGAGAGAGCAGCUGAAGGAGGAACCACAGAGACACACGGCGGCGUUGCAGGCUCUGGAGAGACGAGCUCAGGAGGAACUGCAGACCGAGAGGAACAGACUACACACACUACACCUGUUACAGCUAGAUAAGCAGGGUACAGAGCUGAGCCAGCAGUACACAGAGUGGAGUAGACAGUUGACCCAGAGACACAUGAAACACAUUGAAGACCUGCAGACGGAACUACACACACACACAGAGAUGAUGGCCCUGCAACAGGACUUGAAGCAGCAGAAUCAGUACCAGGUGUUUGAGCGUCAGCUGGAUGAGAGUCGCUGUGCUGUUCUGGAACUACAGAGGGAAAACACUGUACUGAGGUCGGGAGAGGAGGCGAUGGGAAGAGAAAGAGAGCAGAAGGAGAGAGAGGAGGAAGCCCAACGACUGAGAGUGGAGGUGGACAGACUGAGAGAAGAGGUGGAGAAACUGGAAGAGGCUCAGAAACAACGGGAGGAACAGAGAGAAGAAGAGAUGAGAGAAGAGGAGGCGCGAAGAGAGAUGGAGGAGAAGAGGAGGGAUGAGGAGAAGAGGACGGAGGAGGAGAACAGGAGAGAGGAGGUGAAGAGGAUAGAGGCCGAGGUUGAGGAGAAGAGGAAGGUGGACGAGGAGAAGAGAAGGAAGGCGGAGGAGGAGGAGAAGAGGAGGAAGGAGGAGGAGGAGGAGGAGAGGAGAGAGGAAGUGAAGAGAGAGCACAGGAGAGCGAUGCAGAGUCUGGUGUGUGAAUACAGCAGCUGUCAGGCAGAGCUACAGACUCGCAUAGUGGCCCUGGAGACAGAGUUGCGGGAGCGUGAGGAGAGGUGCAGGAGGAGGGAGGUUCCUCUCUGUGAUGAUCUCCAGAUGGGGAGACUACAGGAGAGACUCACUGAGAGGAACCAGCUCAUCAAACGCCUGGUGGAGGAACGACAUCAGCUGCAGCUUCAUCCUCCGGUUGCCGGGGACAACGGAACCCUCAGGCUCCAUGACAACAGGCCACACCCCGGGAUCGUUACACCAACUAUGAGGAGGAAGCGUGUGGAGGAGUCUCCGCCCCGCGUCACCAGCGUUCCAAACCUCAGCGCCUAUGAGAGGAGCGUCCUCCUCCCCCACGACACCCCCUCCCCCUGCCUCCCCCAACAUCCCUCCCCCUCCUCCUCUCUCCCCCGUUCCUCCCUCCCCCGUACUCCCAGGUCUCCCAGUUUGGAUCCCAGCGGUCGCGGCCCUCUCUCUCGUACCCCCACUCCUCUCCCCCCUGCUCCCACCACCCCCCUCCCCCUCUGUCCAUCCUCCCUCCCCGAGCCUCGACACGGGAUUCGACACGUCACCUCACCCUCGCAGGAGCUCCGCCCACACCUGAACAGCCAGUCAACCAGGAGCCCAUAUUUGGAGCAGAGGGGGAGUGGCCAGGGGGCAGAGGGGCGGGACCCUCAGAGGCAGGAUUGGUACACAAAGUACUUCUCCUUCUGAACACACACCCCACACCACACACAGGUGACCUCUACACACCCGUACAACACACUCAGCUUUAAACAAACACCUGACAGACCAAAACUAUGUUCAAUGCAAAUGUUAUAAAAUUAUAAUCUAUAAUGUGGAAUAAAAUAUUUUAUUGAUAUC